CGAGACAGUAAACUGAUCAGAGAUUCAAAGCCACUUCCACUCUUUAGUCGCAACCAAACCAAACAAUGUAGAAGAAACAAGACUCAUUCUUUGACCAUGGAGCAACCCCCACCAGCAAUCACAAUCUCAACUCUACUGACCGUCGUCUUCCCCUUCACCUUCUUCACAAUCUUCCUCCUCAGAUGGCUCCUCCCCGCCACGCCCCCAACCCAGAAAUGCCUCCCUCCUUCCCCUUUCCGCCUCCCAAUCAUUGGCAACCUCCACCAGCUGGGCCGCCUUCCCCACCGCUCCUUAUACCUCUUAGCCCACCGCCUCGGCCCAAUGAUGCUCCUCCACCUUGGAGUCAGACCGGUCCUCAUUGUCUCCUCCGCCGACGACGCUCUUGACGUCAUGAAAACCCACGAUCUCGUCUUCUCCAACAGGCCCAGAUUCACAGCUUCCGAAAAGCUUCUGUACCAUGGCAAAAGUGUAGCUUCUUCUACUUACGGCGAGCAUUGGAGUAGUAUAAGAAACGUAUGUGUUGUUCAGCUCUUGAGCGCCGACAAGGUGAAGUCUUUUCUAGCCGAAAGAGAGGAGGAACUAGGGGUACUUGUGGAAGAAGUGAAGCAGUUGGCUUCGGUGGGAUUGCCUGUGAAUCUAAGCGAGAUGUUUUGUUCGUUUUGUGUUUAUGUGAUUUGUAGGGCGGCUUUGGGGAGGAAGUAUGGUGGGGCUAAGUUUAGGGAGAUGAUUGGGGAGUUUAUGAGGCUGUUGGGGGGUUUCUAUAUGAGGGAUUUUGUUCCCUGGCUUGCUUGGGUUGAUUGGAUUAAUGGUUCGGAUGCGAAAAUCGAGAGAGUUGCUAGAGAGUUUGAUGGGUUUCUGGAUAAUGUGAUUGAUGAGCAUGUGAAAGGAGAAAGUGGAGAUAGGAGUGUAGAAGGUGGGAAGGAUUUUGUGGAUGUACUGCUGGAAGUUCAAAGCUCUGGCAGUGAUGGAACUGCAAUUGAUAGAGAUAGCAUUAAAGGUAUCAUCUUGGAUAUGUUUUCUGGUGGAACUGAUACUACCUACACAGUUCUAGAGUGGGCAAUGACUGAAAUCUUGAUUCAUUCCAGAGUUUGUAGAAAGCUGCAAAAUGAGGCACUGGAAAUUGCUAAUGGCAAACCAGACAUCUCAGAAAGUGAUUUAGAUAAUAUGCACUACUUGAAAGCAGUGAUCAAAGAGACACUUCGGCUACAUCCACCUAUACCAUUACUCUCCCCUCGUGAAUCAACUGAAGAUGUUAAGAUAAUGGACCAUGACAUAGAAGCAAAAACUAUGGUCUGUAUCAAUGCUUGGGCAAUUGGAAGAGACCCAGCAGAGUGGGAUGAACCUGAAGAGUUUCGUCCAGAGAGAUUCAUGAAUUCUGCCGUGGAUUUCAAAGGGCAUCACUUUCAGUUACUCCCAUUUGGAGCUGGUAGAAGGGGCUGCCCAGGAAUCUUAUUUGCCAUGACUACUAUUGAGCUUGUGUUAGCAAAUAUUGUGCACAAAUUUGACUGGGAAUUGCCUGCUGGAACAACUGCAGAGAAUAUAAACAUGACAGAAUGCAGCGGUGUCGUUGCCCAUAGAAAAACUCCUCUUGUAGCCGUCGCAAAAUUGAGGUCUUUCUAGAAACUUUUUGCUUGUGUUCGUUAAGGUCGGGAUAUACUUCUAUCUCAUUUUUCCGGUAUGAAUGAAUCGUAUGCCUAGGUAAUGGCCUAUUUGGU